CCAACUCUCACCACUAAUUCCGUUGCACCCAAUCGUCUCCAUCCUUAAACUCAAAGAUAGCUAUAAUUGUCCACUAACAAAUCAUCAUACAUUUCAAUCUCAAUUUGUAAUCUCAGAUCAAACCGACUUUGAUAUAUAAACAAGAAGAUGUUAGAUGCAUAAGCAGCCUAAAAGAAAAGAAAAAUGAGUACGGCUAAGUUCAUCAAGUGUGUGACCGUGGGCGACGGCGCCGUCGGGAAGACUUGCAUGCUCAUUUCUUACACUAGCAAUACUUUCCCAACGGAUUAUGUUCCAACGGUGUUCGACAACUUUAGCGCCAACAUCGUCGUUGAUGGAAACACAGUCAACAUUGGCCUCUGGGAUACAGCAGGGCAAGAAGAUUACAACAGACUGCGCCCUCUAAGCUAUAGAGGAGCUGAUGUGUUUUUACUUGCAUUUUCUCUCAUCAGCAAAGCUAGCUAUGAGAACAUUUACAAGAAAUGGAUUCCAGAGUUAAGACACUAUUCUCCAACUAUGCCGAUUGUGCUUGUUGGAACCAAAAUGGAUUUGAGAGAAGAUGAGCAAUUUCUAAUCGACCAUCCAGCUGCACAUCCUAUAACAAAUGCGCAGGGAGAAGAAUUGAAGAAGAUGAUUGGAGCAGUUGCUUAUAUAGAGUGUAGUGCAAAAACUCAACAGAACGUGAAAGCGGUGUUUGACACAGCAAUAAAAGUGGUUUUGCGACCACCGAAAAUCAAGAAAAAGGCCGGAAUAUUCAGAAGAUGCAAUAUUCUUUGAAUUAAUUUUGUAUUUGAUGAAUUAAGACAUUAGCAAUAUCUUAGAUGCAAUAUUAUUUAGUCCAUUUUCUUCAUAAAAAAAAGUGGCUACAAGGCCCACAAUCAAAUGGAGCACCUACUAUUGUUGUCCAUUAAUUCUAUCAUACAUAAAAAUAUGCCUCUUCUUUGAGUAACAAUAAAAUUGUUUGAUCGUGCCUUGUGGUCAAUUAAA